AUGCGAUAAAUACAAGAUUAAAUCAUUGAAGGACAAUUUUUAUUAUUAUAAGCUUAGGAAGAAGUUUAGAAGACAUGUUUUUCUGAAGGAAAAAUGAUAAUUGGAAAAUAUAAAGGAAUGAAAGUUUGUGAUGCAAAAGUAUUUAUUAGAAAAGAUAUGAUUGAUAGUGGUAAAGCUUUACCUUAUUUUGAACCAGAGAACACUGUGAUUUCAAGAAAUGGUGAUGAGGGUGUUGUAUCUUUUUGUGAACAAUGAUAUAUCAC